CACGCGGAGAGCCGGGCCCAACCGCCCCAGUGACCCAGUCCCCAGCCUAGGUUUCUCGCCCCGCCGGAGCACCGCUCGCCGCCGCGUCCAAAGUCAUCUCCGGCGCCCGCGCCUCCCUUCCGCACUACUGCAGCUGCGCCCGAGCUCAGACGCAGCCGGCGCCUCCCAUCCCCACGGCCGCCGCCGCCCCGAGCUCAUCUCCGCCGGCAGCCGGACCGCGCUUAUCCCCGUUGUCCGCGCCCGUUCGACCUCGUCAUCUGCCACUGGCUACCUUCUCCAAAUUUUCCUUCGGCUGCAGACUGCAGUAGUGGGAAUCAGGGCGGCAACAGCGGCGAUGGAUAUCUACAAUGUCGAGGCCGCCGAGAUCCUCGCCAAAGAGGCCCUUGUUCUCCCCAUCACCGAGGCCACCCCCAUUUACGAGAAGCUGCUCGCCACCUUCCCUACCGCUGCGAAGUACUGGAAGCAGUACGUUGAGGCAUACAUAUCUGCACACAACGAGGAUAUUGCCAAGCAGAUAUUCAGCAGAUGCCUGCUCACCUGCCCUCAUAUUAAUCUCUGGCGUUGUUACAUCACCUUUAUUAAGAGAGUAAACAAUAAAAGGGGCUCUGAGGGUCUUGAAGAGACGAAAAAGGCUUUUGAUUUCAUGCUGAAUUAUGUUGGCAAUGAUGUUGCAUCUGGCCCUGUUUGGAUGGACUACAUUGCUUUCUUGAAGUCAAUGCCGGUUGUGACACCCCAGGAUGAGUCGCAUCGCAUGACUACUAUAAGGAAAGUAUAUCAGAAGGCAAUUUUAGUUCCAACUAGUCAUGUUGAGCAGCUAUGGAAGGAUUAUGAUAACUUCGAGAAUUCCGUUAGCCGCACCUUGGCAAAAGGCUUGCUGUCUGAGUAUCAACCAAAAUUUAACAGUGCUAAGGCUGUAUAUAGAGAGCGUAAGAAGUAUAUUGAGGAUAUUGAUUGGAACAUGCUAGCCACCCCCCCUACAGGCUCCUACGAGGAAGAGCAACAAUGUAUGGCGUGGAAAAGACUUUUGGCAUUUGAGAAGGGGAACCCUCAAAGAAUUGAUGCUGCAACUGCGAAUAGGCGUAUUUCCUUUACUUACGAGCAAUGCCUGAUGUAUCUAUACCAUCAUCCUGAUGUAUGGUAUGACUUUGCCAUGUGGCAUGCAAAGAACGGUUCUACGGAUUCUGCAAUCCAAAUAUUUCAGCGUGCUGUAAAAGCGCUCCCUGGUUCUGAAGUACUGAAGUACGCCUUUGCUGAACUGGAAGAGUCUGUAGGAGCAAUUCAGCCUGCUAAGACAAUAUACGAGUCUCUUAUAGCUGAAAAUGCAAACAUGACAUCACUUGCACAUAUUCAGUUUAUUCGGUUUCUAAGGAGAACUGAAGGCAUUGAAGCAGCUCGCAAGUUCUUUUUGGAUGCUCGGAAGUUGCCAGGCUGCACUUAUCAUGUGUAUGUUGCUUAUGCUACAAUGUCAUUUUGCCUCGACAAGGAUGCGAAGGUGGCUCAAAAUGUUUUUGAAGCUGGUUUAAAGCGGUUUAUGCAAGAGCCAGGAUACGUCCUUGAAUAUGCAGACUUCCUGUGCCGCUUAAACGAUGAUAGAAAUGUGCGUGCUUUGUUUGAGCGUGCUCUGAGCUUACUUUCCCCCGAGAAAUCCAUAGAGGUAUGGAAACGGUUUGUUCAGUUUGAGCAGAUUUAUGGGGAUUUGGCAAGCAUGCAAAAGGUGGAACAAAGAAGGAAGGAGGCUUUAUCUAGGACAUCGGAAGAUGGCUCAUCCUCCUUAGAGGACACACUUUAUGACGUUGUUUCUCGGUAUAAUUAUAUGGAUCUUUGGCCUUGCUCAUCAAAAGAAUUGGAUUAUCUGUCGAGGCAGGAGUGGCUUGCAAAGAACAUGUUUAAGAAGGCUGGCAAGUCAGUUAUCCUAACUAGUGGUGCGACCUUUGAUAAAGCUAAUAUUGGAGUUGGUGCCAGUGCGAAGACAUUGCCACAACCUGCAAAAGUUGUUCGGCCUGAGAUUUCUCGAAUGGUUGUUUAUGAUCCUAGACAGAUGAAAGGCCCAGUGAUUUCAACCACAUCCAGUGGGUACACUAAGGAGGUUGAUGAAAUAUUCAAAAUGCUUUCUCCACCAAUCAUGUCUUUCAUCACGAAUUUGCCUGCUAUUGAAGGUCCAUCACCAGAUAUAGACAUUGUGCUUAGCGUGCUGCUGCAGAGCACAUUACCGACGGGGCAUGAUGUAGGCAAACCUUCUGGUCCAGUUACUGGCUCUGCCACUAAUGACCUCUCAGGGCCUGGCAAAUCAGGGUUUAACCAAAAUGGGCAUAGACCUCCAAGGGAUGGGCAACCCUUGAAAAGGAAGGCCAUCGGAAGGCAAGAGGAAGAAGAUGCUGCCGCCGCGGCGCAGAACCGAGCGAUGCCGCGUGACAUAUUCAGGCUCAGGCAGAUCCACAGGAGCCGUGGGGCAGGAGGCCCUGCUCAGUCUGGCUCGGCGGCAAUGUCUAGUGGAAGUGCAUUCUCUGGGGAACAGUCAGCCAACAGCUCAAGCUAGUUCAAUGAUCCCUAGUUACUUUGCCAGGACCAGCCUUUAGUUAGUUUAUGUUAGCUAGCCUUAGAGCUUUGGUUAGUUGAACAUAGCCAAUGACCUGAAUGCAGAUGUUGUUGAUCUUCAAUGUGAAAAUUCACAUCUUUAUUCGUGGCAAAGGUAUAUUUCGCAUGCUGAUGCUAAAAGUUAGGGAUGCGAGGGGAUCAUGGAAGCCAGGGGAUCGUGCGUAUGACCCACUUCUAGUAGGCCAAUAUCCAAA